AUGAACAAACUUCUUACGGAUGUUAGCACGAAAUUUGGAAAGCAAGCGAAGAACAGAAAGCGCGAAAAAGAAAAGCAGAAGGAUGACAAUUAUAUCGAAGCAGCAUUGGUUUAUGACUUGGUUUACGAACUGGAGGAAGAGUAUAAGCCGAAAAACUGUUCAAGAACAAGAAGCAAGAACGAAGACGACGACAAUAACAACAGUGACGAUGAAGAUGACGACGGUAGUAAUGAAGGCCAUGACAACGAUGAGGACGAUGACGACAGCGGUAAAGACAAUAUCGACGAAGAAGACAAUGACGAUGAAGCUGAUUUGGAUGCCAUUUUUGACAUUACUCGAUUUGGAAGUGAGGCAGGAAAAAACAGAAACAAUCACAACCACAACCACAACCACGUAUUAUGA